AUGCGUCUGCUCGUUGCCCUUGCCGCUUUCGUGGCGGUUGUUGCGAUCUCUGCGCAAGGCCAGUCGCCACCUCCGGCAAUUAUUGAUAUUGGAGUUGGAGCUAGCGCUGGCAAUCCGAUCGUCCAGAUUCCCACCUCUACAAAUCCCAACGGGCAAUUGACUGGCCAGGUCAUCAGCGUUAUGGGGGGAGACCCCACAGCGGUCAAAGCGCAAGUGCUCAAAUCCAGCACCAACUCUGAUCCGGGCACCACAGUCACUACUGGAGGCACCUUCAACGUCCUCGGGACGAGUGGUGGGACCACGGCAACUGUGCAAACGACGGGCGGGACAUUCACCCCCAUCACCUCGGAAGCUGUCGGUGACCCGGAGAUCAGGGCUUUCGAUGGCGAGACGUUUGAGUUCGAGGGCACCCCUGGAUCCUUCUACGAGGCAGUGGGGGACCAGGAUCAUCAGGUGUCUGUUUUUUUGAAGGUCGGUCACAUGUGGGACCACAACGGGACUUACAUGCAGGGCAUGGGAAUGAAGGCACACGGCCAAGAGAUCCUUGUUACCCUCAGCGAUGACGACUGCCUGCAAGUGACUGCCAACAAUGAGGUCUUGCAUGUGCCUGACGACGGCACCUACGGCCUGAAUACGACUCUUGGAAAGACCCCAAGCGCGGUGCACCUGGACUGGAAGCUCUUCCGCGAGAAACUCGGCAACUCAGUCCGUGUCAGCACAGAGACGAUGACCAUCACGGUGUACAUGACGAGGGCGGGUAUCAAAGACAAGGGCGGCGUGGAGCAGCCAGCCUACCUCAACUUUGAGGCCACGCUCAACAGGGCACCCGACCACGACCUCAGGGGGUUCAUGGGGCAGAGCUACAACAAUGUGAGGAGCUCCACGCGCAAGCUGCAAGCCGUCCCUGAAUGGGGCUACCACCACAACGCAUCCGAAUACGAAUUGCCUGACUACUUCUCCAUUUGA